GUAGGUGAGUUUCAUUGCUGUUAUAUGUCCUUAAAUGGGGAAGGUGACAGAGUUUGGCAUAUAUUUUUGUUUGAUUUGAAGUAGAUUGCAUUAGAUCUCUAUGAGUUGAUGGGUAUAGGGAAUUGGGUUUUUGUUGUUUAAGUUGCCGGAUCUGAUUUUUUUUUUUUUUUUGAAAUUUGGAAGCUGAUGUUUAGGGUUUUGAUUUUCAUGCAAAACAAAAGAAACCCAUAUGUCUAAUGUCUGAUUCAUGCAAGAUAUGGAUAGCUUGUAGCUAGUUGGGAUUGGUUGAUUCUUUGGGCGAGAAUAAGGAUAAGGUUUUGAAUUUGUACAUAUCUAUUUUUGGAUUUGGGGUUCUUUGUUAGAGAUCUAUGAAUCUGCAUGAACAAACAAACAAAGAGUGAUAAUAAAGCAAUACACUCGUCCUUCUUCCGUUGUUGUGUUUUUGUCAGUUUCUGAUUCAGCAAGGUACAGAUGAUGUGAGAUAAGAACAACAGAGAGUGACGAUACAAAGAAGACUUUCUCUAUUUGGGUUCUUGAAUUUUCCUUUUUUGUCUUUUUUUCUUUCUUUCAAAUUUAGAGGGGUACAGGGCUCUUUUGUCAAGAAUCAAACAUGGCAAAUCGCUGGUGGGCUGGAAAUGUUGCCAUGAGAGGUGUUGAUGCAAUAUCCCCAGCUCCAUCUCUUCACCUGAGAAACCCAGAGGAAGAUACUGCUGGUUUGAACCGUUUGGGUCCAAGGAGAGAACGGGAUUUUAUCGCCCCCAACACAAACGCAAGCAAUAGCACCAAUAGCCCUAAGACCGCCUCCACGUCCACCUCUACCCCUAAUCAAAACCAAAACCAAAACCAGGAAGAACAAGAAGACAGCAGAGACUACAACCACCAAGAAUCUGAAGACCUUAAUGCAGCUUUUGAAACCAUUGAACCAGGUAGCGGAAGCUCUUCCCGCAGGCCAAGAGGCAGGCCACCGGGUUCGAAAAACAAACCAAAACCGCCCAUAGUCAUCACCAAAGAAAGCCCUAAUUCUCUUCACAGCCAUGUCUUGGAAAUCAGCUCUGGCAGUGACAUCACUGAAAGCAUUGCAACUUUUGCUCAACGCCGCCACCGUGGGGUUUCAAUCCUAAGUGGAAGUGGCAUAGUGACUAAUAUUACUCUUAGGCAGCCUGCAGCACCCGGUGGGGUAAUCACUCUUCAUGGAAGAUUUGAGAUUUUAUCGUUAUCGGGUUCAUUUCUUCCUGCUCCUUCACCUCCUGGAGCAACGGGGCUGACUGUGUAUUUGGCUGGUGGGCAAGGGCAGGUGGUUGGAGGGACAGUGGCGGGGGCGCUGGUGGCAGCAGGACCAGUGAUGGUGAUAGCAGCAACAUUUAGUAAUGCUACUUUUGAGAGAUUACCGCUGGAGGAACAAGAGCAGGAAGGGUCGCAGUUGCAGCAGCAAGUGAAUUCAGGGACUAAUGAUAAUAGCAAUACUACCGCAGGCGGUGGUGGUAACGGUAAUAAUAAUUCCGGGCCUCAAUCUUCUCAGCCUAUGGGCGAGCAUGGUUCAAUGCCUGUCUACAAUUUGCCUCCAAAUUUGCUACUCAAUGGGCAAAUGCCACAUGAGGUGUUUUGGGGUCCUCCUCCCUCUCAGUGAGAGAGAGAGAGAGGGGAUAAUUGUUAGUUUUGGAUUAGCCGACUGAUAUGUGCAAAAAUGUGCUGGCAAUUUUCAUGUAAGCGUGGCAAGGAAGAGAUAGGGCUUUUUGGUUUGGUUCUUGUGAAAAUUAGCUACCUUUGUUACUUAGGUUUUGCUAUGUGUUAAAAGUUGUUGAUGCACCUUUUAUUUUCUCUCUAAUUAAUCUAUCUCUUUUUUCCCUGGAAGAA